AUGUCUACCAACUCGCGCUUCGAUCCCAACUUCACUUCCUAUGUCGUGAACGCCAUGGGACCCAAGACCCCCGAGCGCGCUCGUGUCGUCUUGGGUUCUCUGAUCAAGCACAUUCACGACUUCGCUCGCGAGGUCGAGCUCACUCCCGCCGAGUGGAUGCUCGGUGUCGAAUACAUCAACUCCAUCGGCAAGAUCAGCACUCCUAUCCGCAACGAGUGCCACCGUGUCUGCGACGUGAUCGGUCUCGAGUCCCUCGUCGAUGAGAUCGCCAACAAGAUCGUCACCGAACAGGGUCUCUCCCCCACCUCCAACGUUAUUCUCGGCCCCUUCUGGUCUCCCAACGCCCCGUUCCGCGCCCUCGGCGACAGCAUUGUCCAGGACCCCAAUCCAGAGGGCAGGGUCACUUACAUGCACGGUGUUCUCACCGACAUGGAGACUGGCGCCCCCGUUGUCGGCGCCGUUCUCGAUAUAUGGCAAGCCUCCGCCAACGGCCAGUACGAUUUCCAGGACCCCAACCAGUCCGAGAACAACCUCCGCGGAAAAUUCAAAUCGAAUGAGAAGGGAGAGUUCUGGUGGUACUGCUACCACCCAACUCCCUACUCCUUGCCUACCGACGGUCCCGCCGGUGUCCUGCUCAACGUUAUGGACCGCUCCCCCAUGCGCCCUGCCCACAUUCACCUGAUGAUCACCCACCCCAACUACGCCACCGUUAUCAACCAGAUCUAUCCUAGCGAUGACCCUCAUCUCGACAUUGACUCUGUUUUCGCCGUCAAAGAUGAUCUCGUCGUCGACUUCAAGCCCAAGACCGACGACCCCAAGGCCUCCCUCGACAUGGAGUACAACGUUAGCAUGGCUCUGAAGAAGCACCACCCCAACCCCAACUCGGCUCCUCCCGUUUCUUCAUUCGAGCGUCAGGCCAAGAGCAGCCAGAAGCUUUAA